CAGGAUCAAGGUGUUCUCUUCUUUUAUAGAGAUGGUUGAUAGCACGGGCGGCAAUAAUUCAGACAGGGAAGGGUUUAAGUACCAUUUUGCUGGUACCGCGCCUAGUGUUGCCUUGGGUACUGAUGAUGAUCAAGAUGCGGCCAUGAAAGAGCAAGAUCGGUUGCUUCCCAUAGCUAAUGUUGGGCGGAUCAUGAAGAAGAUUCUUCCUCCUAACGCUAAAAUCUCCAAAGAAGCCAAAGAAACCAUGCAAGAGUGUGUUUCCGAGUUCAUAAGCUUUGUUACUGGAGAAGCUUCGGACAAGUGUCACAAGGAGAAACGCAAGACUGUGAAUGGGGACGAUAUUUGUUGGGCUAUGGCAACUCUAGGAUUUGAUGACUAUGCCGAGCCUUUGAAAAGGUAUUUGCAAAGGUAUAGGGAGUUGGAAGGGGAGAGAUCAGCUCAACAAAGUAAGCCAAGCAGCAAUGAAGAUCAAAAGAACAAAACAACAAACUAUGGAGCAGCCGAAACAACAAGGAAACCUACUGUUCCGACCACUCCCAGCUUGAAGUUCAAUGUGAUUGAUAGAAAUAAUAGCCCUGUGUCCAGGCGAUUUUGAAAAAUUAUG